AUGGAUACAUAGUAGGUUCAUAUUUACUAUUAGGUACUAUUAUAGAUGGAAGGCCACUUUAUUAUCGCUGGUACAACCCGCGUCGUUUAACGUUUUGGUAGCUCGCUCGGUGCAGACGCGAAAAUUGUGUAGUGUUUGUUUAUAAUGGGCUCAAAACAUUAAAAUAAUUUAACUUGUGGCUUUUAUUGUUUCGUCGUAAGUCUUAUAAUGUUUGUUUUACUAAAAUCGUUCAGCGCGUGAUUUAAUCGCCCCAAUGAAAUAGUGCAACAGGCGGCUAUAAGGGCCCGUGUAAACAGAGAAGUAAAUUGUGAUUUCAAUUUUCAAAAUGCCUAUAGAUUCAGAGUGCGAUUAUGACUUGGUGACAAAAGAGUGGCUUUUAGCCAAAUUGCGUUCAGACGAGAGAGAUACAAUUUUGAUUGACUGUCGAGGAUCUAAUGAAUAUGCCGUAUCCCACAUUCGUUCUGCAGUGAACUUCUCGAUUCCGAGUAUAAUGUUGCGACGAUUAUCUGCUGGAAAGAUCGAACUAGCUUCUACUGUUCAAUGUAAAGAACUAAAGGCUCGUAUCACGCAUUGCUGUUCGAGAGGAACGUUCGUGUUGUACGGUGACGGAGCCCCGCGGGAUCCAGACUCUGUGCACGGCAUCCUGCUGAAACGGCUCAAGCAAGAUGGCGUGCAGGUGGUUUGCUUAGAAGGUGAUUUCUGCGAGUUCCGUCGUGCGUAUCCUGAGUGGUGCAGCGAGGCCGGGGCGCAGCAGGUGCCGCACCUGCCGCUGAUGGGACUGCGUUCCCUUCGUAUAUCUGGUUCGGGUUGUGACGACGCGCUCUCAUCUGGCUCGUCUUCCGAGUGUGAGGACAUGCACACACACGCGCCCCAGGACUUCCCCAUAGAGAUCCUGCCUAACCUGUACCUCGGGAACUCUAACAACAGCGAAGAUUGUGAAGCGCUGGCCAGACACAAUAUUAAGUACGUGUUGAAUGUGACUCCGGACUUGCCGAACACUUUCGAGGCUGACGGGUGCGGCAUCAACUAUCUCAAGAUACCCAUCGCGGACCACUGGAGCCAGAACCUCGCCGUGCAUUUCCCUCAGGCCAUACGAUUCAUUGAGGAGGCGAUGUCAGCCGAGUGCGGCGUGUUGGUGCACUGUGUGGCGGGCGUGUCUCGCUCGGUGACGGUGACGCUGGCCUACCUCAUGCAGCGCCACCGGCUCUGUCUGCGGGACGCCUUCGAGCUGGUCCGCAGCCGCAAGACGGACAUCGCGCCCAACUUCCACUUCAUGAGACAACUGCACUCGUUCGAGAGAGACCUCGGACUGCACGAGCGCAGCGCCAGCCUCGCCAAGGUGCUGGCAGAGCUGGGCGAGCGCGGGGCGGGCGCAGGAGCGGGCGCGGGCGGCUCGGCGUCCUGCGGCUGUGCGGCCUCCGUCUGCGAGCGCUGCGGCGUCUCGCCCGACUCCGGCAUAGAGUUCGACCGCUGGAGCGCCGCCCGCGACACGCCGCAAUGACAGUUCUUCACGCCGCCCUCGCGACCUCCCCCCACCACCAGCACCCCGCCCGCACCCGCACCCACCACCACCACCCUAAUACGAUAGAGAGACGUCUGCACCCCUGUAGGAGUCCGUGGAGGCGGCGGCCGGCCUGGGUCACGUCACACUAAACGCCGGCUCGUAGACACGUCCGCCGAUGUAGUUGUUUGCGCACGCAAUCCUAGACACUAACUAGUGUAGACUGUAGCACUAGUGACGGACGCCGGCUGAUACGUUAGUGCCACGGUUAAAGUAAUCUUAAGGAAAAUCUAUUAUUAUUAAAAUAUUACAAAUACUUUAAAAGGUAUAGAUUAAGUCAAUUUUUAUAAGUUUGAUAUAAAGUAAUAGAAUAGUGAAUACACGAUUCCGAGUGCAUUCCCUCUGUAUCUUCCACUACGUUACGCAUGUCGUGUCCGUCGGGCGCUUGCACCUUCUGUCACAACCCCUGCUCGCUCGCCUCUGAUGGACGCGACCUUCUUUACUUUUCCUCUAUGAGGAUCCCGUCUGCCCGCCGCAGAUCACGUGCCACAGUUUUUAGUAUACACGAAUCGUUCUCUGUUGGACUCGCUGUUUUCAUUACUGAAACUUAAAUAAUUCCAUGAUGUGACUUAUCUUGUACGGCGCACAACGCGGCUCCACGAUAAUAGCCUUUUAUAUACAAGUGACCAUUCUUAUCUAUGGUUUUAUUGUUAUUUUUCAACGGAGAAGAGUUAGAGAAGUGUUUUUAUCUUUAGAACAAAUUAAGAAUACUAGUGUUUAUUUUUAUAUCAGUCUUCUGUAAAUUUUAAACUCUAAAUCGUCAUUUUACAAAAUGGAAAUUUAUAUAAUAUUAAAGUAUGAUGAAUAUUUUAAACUGUUAGCAGCAAGUCGCUCAUAGAUGUGUAUUUUUAUAUGGAUUAUAAACUUCAUACAGAUGUCAUCGCCGUGUCAGCUGUUUAUUUUGUACCGUUUGUAUAUUUCCAUAGUCAUGUAUCGUCUAAGUGCUGUUAAUGAUGUGUCUGUACACGGCCGCCGUUCGUUUCGUCGUGUCCUAAGUGUACAUAAAGGAGAGCUUUAAUGUUAAGGUCGUUAUUAUAAAAGAUGUAGUGAAUUGUUACGAAUUGUAAAUUUGUUGUAGGUUUAAGACUUGUAUUGAGAUUAGACUUCCUAAAUCUGUUGCCAAGUUACGUUGCAUUUAUCGAUGCGAGACCUCAAUAAUAUUACAACACUGAAUCGUUCAGAUCCACGCGUCACUCGUUACAGGCCUCACAGUUGUGUUUCGAUAUUAUGAGAUCAUUUAAAUGUAUUUUAUUGAUUUUUACUUAAUUCGGAUACGUGUAAGGGCUAUGGUGAUAAUUUAUUUUAGCCUUAGUUGCACUAUAUACUCGAGUUUUAUAUUUCUAGGUGUAAUUUAAAUUGUAUUGCACAAAAUCACCAAAGCCUUAAAAUUACAUUAAUGACCACGUCCCUGGACGUGUGAAGACAGCGACUCGUAGCUGUACUUUAUUGUGUUACAAAAACAAACGAUGUCUGCCGCUGGCCGGGAAUUGAGAUGACAUAUUGGCAUUACCCGUUCGUAGACGGCUUUCUGCACCAUUAAGGCUCGGGGCGCAUCUUUUGUCCGCAGGAAAUCUGUUCCUCUCUACAAUAUAUAUAAUAUUCUUAUUCGAAGGUCAACAUUUUGGGUUUCAUUAAUGUUUUUUUCUCGAUUGGUGCAAUUAUUAAAAAUUUCUCGACCAAAAAAUUGUUAUUGCCAAUUUUUCGCUAAAGUGUAAUGUCUGAUGGAACUACAUUAUAUUACAUAUUAACCUCAAUAACAAAAUAUAAACACUGUUAAAUUGUA